UAGAUAUUGAUCCCAUUGAUUCCAUUUUCUUGUCCAGAAAAGCCUACUGUUCGAAAUUUUAAAGCUUUCUCCUACGCUAGGUCGCCGCACUUCCCUAGUCUGAUGCUAAGCAAAUAUCGUGCGGUAUUUCAUCUUUAUUUAUUUAAACUAGGAAAUUAUACUUUGGGCAAUUAGUGCAGGAAACCUCACUUGCCGAAUUGCUCCACCCGAUUGCAAUCGAAAUUCUAUGCAGGCUGCAAGGACUAACUCCAACUAUUUCACAUUCAAUUACAAAAUACAUUUGAACACAGAAUCUACAAUUUCCACUAGAUUCAAAAGAUAUUGUUGAAAUGGAUAUAAUGAUAAAGUAAAUUGUAGAUUUUCAUUUUCUCAGCACGUAGCAGACAUGGGCAACCUUUUUUCAAGAAAAGAACUGCAUGUGACAUGGUUCAUCGUUAGUGAGGAAAUAUUUGGUUUUAUUUAAAUGAAGGUGGUAAACCAGAUUGUACAGAAAAUUCACCUUCGUAGCUACCCAAAUAGACCUUUGGCAUCAGAAGUUCUCACAUGCCACCUUCUUCAACGCCAACAUCCAUAUUGGACAUCGUUCAGCGUUUAUAAAAAAUCAGUGUGUAACGACCAUUUUGGCCUCUCCCAUUUCAACUGGACUGUUGGCAAAUACAACUAUCAUAUUUUAAGAACUGGUUGUUUUCCUUUUAUUAAGUAUCAUUGUACCAGACGACCUUAUGAAGAUCUGACAUUUGAUAACACAUUUUUCACUUUUCUGAAGGUUAUUAAUUUAGGUGUUCCUACAUUGGCAUAUGGCAUUGCUUGCUGGAUGUUGGUCAGAUAUCAUGAAGAUGUAGAAACUACAAAAGGCACCGUUCGAAUAUACUUCCUGAAUAAAGAAGAAAAAAAUUCACAGUACUGAAAUAACCAUUUACUUUUUAUAAACCAAUCCAACAAAAUCCUUCUCAUUUGGGAUUGCCAUACGGAUGCUGUUUAUUUCAAUAUAACCUAAAGGACUCUUUUUUUUUUUUUAUAUAUGUUAGGCUAGAGAAAUGUCUGUCCC